CCACCACCACCAUCCUCAGCCUGCAAGCUCGCCGAGGACAGGUCCUCGCAGCUUCUUUGCUAUGUUCUCUCCUUUACUUUUCUGUUUCUUGGUCUUCGGAUCUACAUUCACGUUCGCAAGAGUAAUCGCAAGCAUCCCGCUUGACAAUCAACUUCCUGGCAUUGCUCGUGUUGGCCAAUACUAUAACUGGACGUUCUCUCCCAACACAUUUACUUCCACCUCGUCUAUCUUUCGCUAUACCGCCUCGCCCUUGGUGGAAUGGCUCUCUUUUGAUCCUACCACGCUUUCGCUGUAUGGAACGCCUACGGACAAAGACAAAGGAUUUCCAGAUGUCACUAUCACAGCGUACGAUUCGGAUUCUUCAGCUUCAUCGUGGUGCAAUAUCUACGUGACCGACGCUCCUCCGCCGGCUUUAAACAUAACGUUGGAAAAACAGUUCCAUGCCGGAAACCCGUCAUUGUCGUCUGUUUUCAUCCCCUCUUCCGAGUCUACUUUCGCGCGUUUCGGAGAACCCACGCUUCGAAUACCGUUCGGAUGGUCCUUCAGCAUCGGAUUUGACAGCCUAACAUUCACAAAUGAAUAUCAGAAUGUUCGAUACGCCGUUCUACAAAGAGAUGGCUCACCGCUUCCGGGAUGGAUGAAGUUCUCGAUGACGAGCAUUACCAUAGACGGUGUUGCGCCUCGUGAACAUGACUUUGGGUUCCCUCGCACUAUUCAUCUAAGUCUACACGCUACCGAUCGAUCAGGCUAUACCGCUACCACCAUUCCCUUUACUGUCGUGGUUGCCGAUCAUGAGCUCUGCAUGGUUGGCGACUCGUUACCCACUAUCAACAUCACUGCAGGCGAUUCUUUCAGCUUUCAACUCAAUUCCUUCGCAGAUUUUACGGGAGUCAAGCUUGAUGGCAAGGACCUUAGUCCGGAAGAUAUCACCUCCGUCAAUAUCGAUGUAUCAGGAAGCGAGUGGCUGCGUUACGACCCUACCAAUCGAACGUUAUCUGGUGAAGCAAGCAUUUACAGUACGGCCCUUCCAUUACCUGUUGUUGUCACCGCUUUCAGCCAGACCAUAACGACCACUAUUCCGAUUGCUAUUGUACCUUCAUUCUUCAACUCUGCUGACCUUGGCACCUUGAACGUCGCUAAGAAUGGAAAGGUUCUGUUCGAUAUUCGUGACCAUCUUUCCAACGCCACGGAAGGAAAAGCUAUUCUCUCUGUAAUCUUUGACCUUCCGGAGGUUGAGAACUACCUUCAUCUUGACGAUGAAAUCUUGAGCGGAACGCUACCUGGUGAUUUCCCUGCCUCCGAUAUCUCUGCAACUUUUACAGCUUACUCUAUGACGACUCACUCUACGUCUCACGCACUCCUUCAGAUGACUUAUCCUUCCAACUCGGGUUACCCCCACCCACCAAGCUUGUCUUCAGCAAUCUCAGCUACCCACAAGAAAUUGAUCCUGGCUUUGAGCAUUACCUUUGGCAUUGUUGGAGGCAUCUGUGGCCUUGCGUGUUGUAUGGCCGUCUGUAGGCAUUAUGCGAGGGUGAAGGAUAAUGCACUAGAAGGAGAAGAAGGCCAAAGAAACUGGUCUGAGAGAGAUAAGCAGUGGUAUGGAAAUCAAGGGGAGAAGAUUGGCUAUGGUUGGACCGAAUCUGCAAAUCCGGAUAACAUACAGAGAAUGGGUUUGGACCUGUCGAGAAGCCCUCAGAGCCCGCGAUCUCCUCCGAACUACGGUAAUAUUGGUCUAGGACUGCGUCGGGUCAUGGAACGUAGUCAGUCUGACGUGGACCAAGCGAAUACGGAAGGCAAGGUUCACAGUCCUGGUGUCAUCAGUAAGCGUGAGUUCAUGUCGAAAGUACGGGACACUGUUCGGAAUGUCAGUGACCGUUAUGCUCGUGUCAAACGCCCACAUGGCGGCAGAAGUCAGGGGAUCACUAUCACGAACAUUGGGAAACCAAUCCUUCUACACAGGACUCAAUCGUCCUCACUCAGAAAUGGCUCAAGCCCUUCCACCUCGAACCCUAGCAAGACGCCGACUGACAACGUCACGACUCCGGCAACUGUCCAUUUCGCUCCGCGGCUCUCUCGACAUGGUUCCAGUGACUCCACGUCUUCGCUUGAGUCCAUUGAAGCACAUGCCAACGAAGCCGUCGUUCAAGCCGCGCAGACUGCCAGCAGAGCACCCAGCUUUUCCCAGCAAACCCCACCAGCUCGUCCACGUUUGGUACCGUUCACGAGUGCUACACGGGUCCAUGUCUUACAAACGCUGGCCUCCUCUCCAGAGUCUUCGACCGUCUCUUCUAUAGGCAGUACACGGGUAACCAGUCAAACUGCGGCUACGAACAUGUGGAAAGAAGCCGCAGACGCUCCUACUCAGGCUAUUACUCAGAGCGGUAGUGGGGAUGAGUUGAGUGAGGGUAUGCACUUUGUGCGUGCUUUGGGAGCAGAUCAGGCUCCGGAGGCCCAUCCCUCGACUCUGACUGUGUCUACCAAUUUCCGGUCAUCCUUCUCGUCUCUCGAUUCUUCCACUCACGGUCACGGAUCUGAGGGAAAAGUAGUGCGGAUGAUAGUUCGAGUAGGGGAGCAGUUCAAGUUCCACGUUCCUCUGGUAGGCGAGCGCAAAGAGUCCAGGGGACUAGAAGCGAAGUUGAUGUCUGGAAAGAGGUUGCCUGCUUUCCUUCGGGUGGAUUACGGUAACGGAACAAACAAUGUGGAGUUUUACGGGCUGCCUGGGGUAAAAGAUUUCGGUGACCUGGACAUCCGAGUUUGUGUUAAGGGUGACCGUGAGGGAACCUGUCUUGCUCGGGUGCUUUUACAGAUCGUGAGGAGGAGCUAG